CGACCAAGGCUGCAAUGCUGCUAGUAUAAUCUCUCUGACCAUCUCCUCCACACCACACUCGCGACCAAGCCCAAUUUCGUCGGAUCGGAUCGGCCUACGCGUCGAUGGCCAUGGAAGCGGAGCGCGAGGGCGAGGAGCAGCGGCGCCCUCUCCUCUCACCCCAGCCAGCAGCGGAGCACCAGCAGCAGUACCAGCACCUGGGCCGGAGCAGCUCGUCGGCGCUGCGCGGAGGCGGAGGCGGGUGGGGCGGCGGCGGGCCGGAGGUCAGCGCCGCCGAGGUCAGGUCCGCCGCCUCCUUCUCCUCCUCCAACUACUAUCCUCCGGCCCCGGAGCCCCACCACGACGUCGUCUACCCACCGUCCAUCCACAGCGCCGUCCUCUCCCCGUCCCCUUCGCCUGCUCCCACUCCUCCACAUCCGCAUGGUUUGGCGAUCGUUCCGCAAGGGCCGUACCCGUACGGUGGUGAUUACCAACCUUCUCCGGGCGUUGGGAGGGAUGUACUGGAUGAGGUGGAGAUUCGGCAGCUGCUUAUUGAACAUGUUGGGCAUCGAUGUUGCUGGGGAAGUCAGCCUGCCCGCAAGUGGAAAAUUACAUCCAUCGAGGACUGCAAUGUAUAUGUUGGAACUUUGGAAACUUUUAUCGAGGAAAGGGACACCAUAGUAAAAAAGGAACCUUAUGAUGGCGGGAAAAUAGAUGGAAGAGACCAGGGUCCUGUUCUUGGUGUGUGGGAACUAGAUUUGAGGGCUGAGUUUCCUUUACUCUUUGUACCGGAAAAAGAAGUUAUGAUCAAGAUUCCUCAUUCAGAAGUUCCUGAAAAAUGCUUAGAUUGCGAGGGUCGUGGAGAGACCCCAUGUCCUACUUGCAAUCCUGGUCAGCAGAAUGGGUUUUACAAGGCAAAUCAAAUGACCCGGUGCAGUGCAUGUCAUGGAAGGGGUUUACUUGCUCACCAAGAUGGAUCUGAUUCAGUAUGUGGAAUGUGCAAUGGUCAAGGAACGUUGCCCUGCAUAGCAUGUUCAUCGCGUGGCCUAGUGACCUGCAAGACAUGUGAAGGCUGCGGUUCCCUUCUUGCACAAAGCACUGCUCAUGUUCGAUGGAAGACGCUGUCAGCCAGAAAAGUUAGUGCAACGUCAGGAGCUGCUUCGGUUCCUGAAGAAGUUUUCCAUAGAGCCAAAGGGGUGCAAUUAUGCAACAUACAGGCAUACCAAUGCACUCCUGCUUUCUUUGCCGAUUCAUACCCACUCAACCAGUUCUCCUCAGAGGUUGUCGCCAGCCGGCUGCCAGUUCCACCAUCUGCAAGGGUCAUUUCUGAGAGACACAUCAUCUCGGUGGUGCCAGUUACCCGCGUCACAAUGUCUCACCGAAAGCGAUCUUUCAGUUUCUAUGUCGUUGGCUACAGCAGGGAUGUCUUCGUAAGGGAUUACCCUUCAAAGUUCUGCUGGGGCCUCUGCUGUUGCUUCGAAUGGUUGGGGAACUAGUUGCAUUUCGUGCCAUGUGUGCCGCAUUGUAUCGGCAUCAAAUGUUAUAGAACCUGGUGUAAAGGUGUGCUGGAUUUCUUGUGUGUUACAGUACAUAAUCUGUAUUUACAUUUUUGUACUUAGGCUUGUACAACAUGACAAUACCGAUUAUUCGGCGAGGAAUAAAAUCUUUCAUACCAAAA